AUGAAUCCAGAGGCUCUACGUUUCGAUGAUGCAUGUGCUGAACAAGACUGGUUGCGAUCACUAGAGCGAGAACCGGAUCCCGCCGUGGAUACCUCGACCUCGGAGGCAAGGAGAGAGAAUCACUGUGGUGUAUCUCAAGCCGAGGUGGACGCCCACAUUGAUAAAGUGAUGAGAGAACUGAAGGCAUGCAAGUCCAAGAUGAUGCUUCUGCAUCACUAUACCACCAAGCGCCGGACGACACCUUCAGGUGAUCCUAUCAAUCCAGUCUUCUUCUGCAUGCAGAAUCCCUCUCUGGAAGAGAAAAUCGAUGGACUCUCUGUAGAGACCCAAAUCAAAUUUUAUGAUUCUCUCGAUGAGAAGCUCAACCUCACGCAUCCCAGGCCGAGUCGAGACCAUCUACAGAGCUACAUGCGAGAUUUUGCCAGCGCGGCUAUUGCUGGUGCCAUCCCUUCUCGGGUACCAUGUGAAGAUCCUGAUGUGGCAACAGCGGUGGUGAGCGACAUAGAGAAUCAGCAGGGCACGCCAGAGGAGGGUUGGUUGAGUGGCGAAGAUCAUUCGCAGAUGACAUCACAUAAUCGAGAGCAUUCACCUGGUGAUCCGAGUGUCGCGCCCGAUCAACAAGACUCCAGUUAUGAUGAGACCUCCGCCGAUGAUGAUGAUGAUGAUGAUGAUGAUUAUUCUACGGAAAACCCGAUUGAGAUCCCAGUGCAGCCGGACGACCCACCUGCUGAUGAACCGGAGUUCGCAGACGAACCCUUCACAGUGUAUGAAGGGAAUAUGUUCGAAGUGCUGUCAGUCUACUUGAAGGAGAAGCCACACUAUCGGUUGGUGAGCAGCACUCUCGAGGAAUUGAGGGGGGCUCGCAAAACAUGCUAUCUCGAGUGCCGUCGCUCCAUUUCUUCUCGGAACGAGAGAUUAGAGCCUAAGAAGGGUAGCAAGCCCGAUUGGCGGCUGUGGCCGACAUUCACCUGCCCUCUUAAAAGGGUGAAAGUCAGCUUCCGUGAAGGUCGUUGCAUGUUUUAUCCUCUACGGUUGGUUGGGGCUACAGCAGAAGAGUGGCGCAAUCAUGAACACUAUCCGGGGACCGAGUCGUGCAGGAGUGCGACGAUUCCUCCCGAUGUCGUAGAUGAUUGGAUCGUUGCCCUGUCGUCUAGGCCGUGCUCAACAAAUGGAGAACUGAAGAAGAUGGCUAUGCAGAAAAACAUCUCCGGAGGCUACUGUGCUCAAACAACAGAAUUCUUGACACAACGAGGCCUCGGUAACUAUGAAGCGGUUAGAGCUGUUAUACGAUCAAUUAAAGAAUCCAAGGACUGCGGACUCAGCGUAACAGCCUUUACUCGAUCUCUCAUGGAGAUGGCGUGCGGGGCGGAUAUGCUGAGAGGAGAAGUAUCUGAGAUUAUCGGUGGUCUGGAUGCCCUGGAACGUGGCACUCACUCAAGUAUAGAGUUGAACCUCGCUCGCAAGGCCGAUUGCUGUCUGGUACUUGAGGAUAUCCUCUGUGAGUCUCAGCCUGGGGUUGACGAUCUCACAGUUAUGUCACUGAGAAGCUACUCUGCGGUCAUUACUUCUCCAAGAAUGCUGCGCAAUCUGAGGGGCUGUUACACGAUGGGAAUCGAUGCAACAUUCAACCUCACGCACGCCGACCUUAAGCUGGGAGUUAUUUGUUCCCUGCCAAAGACCUCGACAGCUCAGCCCAUCGCGAUAGUUAUCAUGACGCAGGAAUCCACUGAGUGCAUCGAGCAUGCGUUGAAGCAACUCACCGAUGCUGCUGCACAUCUCAAAAUGCUCGGUGGUGUCCCUAGAGAAGUUGUCCUGGAUGGGAGUGCAGCAAUCCAUGCAGCAGUGAUGUCUCAUUAUGGAGGAGCCGAGGAGAGCCAGCCCCACUGUAUAAGCUGUUACUUUCACGUUCUGAAAAGAGCGAAGGAUUGCAAGGCCAAGGUUCGACUCAGUACCUCCUUGUGGUUAGAAAUCAAGAAGGAUUUAGCAUUGCUAGGGGAAGCUCAUAGCCGCAAAGACUGGUUGCGAUUGCGAGAGCUCUUUAUGAAGAAAUGGACUGAAGGUGAGUGGAUAGUAUCUCUGUAA